AUGAAAUCUGCAAUAUUUGACAUGCUAGCUAAGGUUGAUAGAUGCGCAAUUGGUCUCUGCGGUCGCUGCUGUUCGGACGGAUCGACCGUCCUCCGUGGUCCGCUGCAAGAGCGGUACUGCGUUGCUGACCGGAACGUCGCUCUCAGAGAAUUCCUGCAGCAGCGACAGCACGCACUGUCGCACCAGUUCCUGUUUCUGCACGUCCAGCUGCGCAACCAGCAGUUCGUUCCCCAGAGUGCUGCUCGAGGCUGCUGUGAUGAACUCAGUCUGCCGAUGACGCCACCUUCUGCCUCGGCAGAGCCCAGUGUCCCAAGGCCAAUUCUGGCAGAGGCACCGGUGAAAGCACGGUUUGGCCCUGCCGCUACGAGUGCAGUACGGAGGCAGAUUUAUUCCAGCCACAAUUCUCACGUGGCUAGUUACUGA